CCAAUGGAAAGAAGUCAACACUGGUGACUCGUUGGCGAUCACAGCUAUGGCUCGGCCUCUGUUUGGUGGCGCCUUUUCAGUAGUUAUUCCACCCAAUGCCCAGGAUAUCAGUGAGCUGAGGCAGAUCCCUGAUAACCAAGAAGUGUUUGCUAAUUCUCAGACAGAUCAAAGCAUCGUCAUUGAGCUGCUGGAGUACCAGAGCCAAGUGCAGGACGCUGAGGCAGCCAGGUAUCAUUUUGAUGAUGUGGCUGCCACUAACGGGGCGGUAGAGUCGGGAUCCUGGGAGAUCAGAGGUGUGGAGCAGCUCUCCCAAUCACAGCUGUCUUUACAGGAAUGCAGUUCUGCAUGGCUGCUAUCUGGUGCUCAGCUGGUCUCAAAAUUUAAUGAGCAGGCAAAAAACACUGUCAAUAUUCACCUGUGCCUGUUCCGCCUGCCACAGUUCACCACCGAUAUCUUGGUGACAUUCAACGAUCCUGUUUGUAUCAACCCUCUAAGCAGCAGUGCAGCUGGAAAUGUGGCCGCUGUUCCAUGGACACUACAAGACUUCCAGAGCGUUUUUCAGUCCUUUCGACUGCUCAACCAUGGAGUGUUUGGAUAGAUUCUCGAUUCUUACACUGAGAGAACUGAAAGACGAUGUUGAUUAUCCUGUUUAAGCUUUAAACUAGCAGGACUUUACAGGUUAAAAGGAAAAACUUAACUACUGGAUAGCAACACACGUUUGUCCAUCAAAUAUUUUUCUUGUAGUGCAGAUGAGGUGUUUGUAAAAAAUAAAGUUUCAGCAAGACAAACUUGCUGAUUCAUUCAGAAUCAUUCAUUUUAAUUAAGUUGUUCAAGCACGUGCAAGAGACAGUCAUCAUUUCCUUCUGUAUUCAUUUAAAAAUUAUCACAUCAUUCACCAAUGUUAACCAAUGUAGAACUGGAAGUUGUCUUUGUUGAAAGUCUGGAUUUUCCUAAACUUCAAAAUAUAAGAUUCUAUUCUUUUUA